CUGCAUCACGAACAGGCUCGUCGUCAUCGAGAUGCGGAAGAACGCAUUCUAGUCAGUGCGUGGUAUAAUCUGAUCGGCACCUUUACUCGUGAUGCGGUCGAACAACGCAUCCAAACACACUCUCAACCACAUGCAACACACGAAAGUUCGUUGGUAAACCGUUCCAAUGAAUAUCAUCCACUGGGCACUGCCACGAACGAAGCCUCCUCGUUCCUCGAACGCCAACGAGAAUUGCAUCUGAAACCACCGCGUGGUCUGACCUCAGUCGUUGUGGCUUCGAAGUGA